AUGGAAAACGUCGAUCGAUCCCUCCGCGAGGUUUCACAAGCUGUUCAGAAGCUCCUUGAGAUCAACGAGAAAGGGUCAGGCCCUUCGCCUAAGGAUUCUCCAGCAUCAUACAUCAGCAGCAACCCAUCAAAUAUUGCUAUCAUGUCGGAGGGCUAUCGAGGCGACUCAUCAUUCAAAGCACACGUUCACAAGGUCACGGAUGCACUGAGAGACGCGGCAUCAAGUCUUGAGUUGACUAUGGGCGACCCAACGUUCACCACCACAACACACAUGAUCGACGAGACUACCGACAGCGAAGAGAGCAGUCCACCUUCCAACGGGAAUUCACCUUCGCCGUUCAAGGUCCAAUAUCCGGAAUUGGAGGGGAGGUCCCUUCCUCCUAUCGACCAAGUCCUCAAGCUUCUACGCCUAGCGCAAAUUGAGAAGCAGAGAUUCUUCGUGGACUGUUCAGUCGUGGACGAGCAGGAGUUCACUGAGUUUUGCCAGCGGGUCUACUUCGCAGUGAAUGAAUACUCCAUCUUGUCAUGGAUAAUCGUCAACGUUGGUCUGUUCUACAUGUUUCUGAACUUGAAGCAGCCUUUUCACACACAGAUCGACGUCAAUUACGCAAAUAUUCAUGAGUACUCACAGCAGUUGAAGGAUAACAUUGAGGCUGCUAUGCAGUCCUUGAGGCUUUGCAAUGACCCGUCGAUGGAAGCUUGCCAAGCCCUGGCUCUUUUGGUAUUCUUUAUGCUGGCUACGUAG